AUGGCAAACCCGCCGCAGCAACUAAAUCAUCCCAUAACUAUGAGGAAACGCGGCCUCAGUCCAGAAGAAACUAAAGAAAUAGUCUCCUCCAAAGCAGACCAGAUAUUUCAAGUCUUACUUGCAGGACAAGAUGCUCCUAGAAUUACAAACAAAAGAGAAAUUGUUUCCAAAUGCAUAUCUUAUUCCAUAACGCAACAUGGAUACAUGAAUGAGCAACGAUGUUCUCCCGCAGUUUGGCAAGAUCUUGGUAUAAUUCCUGCUCCAACGGCAGCUGAUAAUGGCCGGCGUCCGGGUCCACAAAAAGUUUUAAACGAAAAUCGGGUCGCAGGAUAUCUCGGAACACUUGGAAACACAAAAAGAGAUUCCCAAAUGGAUCUGUUCAAUAUCUUGAGACCAGAUGCAUGGAAUUUACUAAACGAAAACAUUAUUGUAAGAGACGAUGGUUUUCUCGAAAGAGAGGGGCAACAAUUGUCAGCUGUGGAGCUCUGCAACGAACUGGAUAGUGUGACGAGUAAGUUGGUAGACAUUCACACUCAAGAAAAUAUCGUACUAAACCAGCACGAUUAUAACGACGUGAAAACAAUGAUUCAUCACUGCUUAAAAACUACGAUAAGUCGAAUUGCUUUGACGAUAUUAAAUCCCGAUGAUAUUUGCACUCAGAACGGUCACACGAGAUGGAAAACCCAUUUGGAGUUGGUUGCUUCGUUUGCGACGUUGGCGAUCGCCCUGGAUUUUUUCGGUGGUCAAAAUUUCAUUCCGAACAAUAUCGUUCCUCUGCAAUUUUAAUUCUUACAUUCUUUAUAAAGUUUCUGAUGUUGCACGAACGAAAACAUUUACUAAAAGUAAAAUAACUAUAAAUAGGCCAUAUAAACGAACUUAAUAUAUUUCAUGAUAUUAAAAAUGUUUUGAUAGUUGUAAAACAUAGCUAAAAUUUAGAUUCUUUAUUAAAAUGUCUGUUAAUUGUCAUUGCUAUAAGAAAGGAAUACAACUGUGUUUUGGUUGGAAAACAAAUUACAUCGGCAUGUAUUUUACUCAACUCUACAUUGUGUGGACGUGAAAAGUGAACAAUGCAUUCCCUACCUUAACUCGAGCACUCCAGAACCAACAUGCAACCACAGUCGAUUACCAACAGACUUCGCAAGUGAAAUUGAAAACCUGACACAAACCGUUCAGCAACUUCGGAACGAGUCAUACGUCUUGGAAAACAAAUUGGCCUUAAAUGAAAACGAAAAACAAAACUUAACAACCCAGCUAACGUCUUUGCAACAAAAAUACAACGGCAGAUGUAAUACGACUAAUACAGCUGAUGAAAACUCGAAUUCGGAAGACGAUAUUAGAACAUUAAAACAAGAAAAUCAAAUGCUCAGAAAUAAAGUGGAAGCUCUUAAAAGUACGCAGGGAUCGGAAUCUGAAUCCGGCAAAAGUUUGGUAGAUGAUAAGGCACUUGUGUGUCAUAUAUCGAAAGCUACUAAACGAUAG